CUUGACAGCUACUCCUCCGGAGGCGGUCACUCUAAACAACUGCCAAACUAACCCUGAUUCAGAUGAUCAUCCAACCCAUUCUAGAUUACGGAGACAUCAUUUAUAGACCAGCAGGGCUGCAGCAGCAGGAGGCUGAGCAGAAGGGCACUGUGAGGCGAAGAAGCGGACAGAGGGGCAGAGCGCUGGCCCCUGGGGCUCCUGGCUAACCAUGGACGACACCUCCUCUCUGGGCAAAGUGAGCGGCUCCACCGAAUCCGUGGCCACCGUCACCAGCGAGGAGUUUGUGCUGGUGCAGCCGUCCGCCGGAGGAUCCCCCUCGGGCUCAGAGGGCAAGCCCAGACUCAAGAUGUCCUGCAAUGGGAACGAACAGCUGGAGAGAGCCAUGGAGGAGGUGCUGGAUGACGACGUGGUGAAAGAGGAGAUUAGUGGAGGAGCAGUAGCAGAGGAGAGAACAGAGGCUAUUCAGGAGUCAUUGACCUCCAUAGCCCCCGGUCCACAGACACGACCCCAGGGCUUUACGCUGGACCCAACACCUGCAGUGGAGUCGGUGUGUCCUCCUGCAGGGCAGGGCAGUCCUCCAGUCCAGGAGGAGGACAGUGUUCAGUUCAGUAAGCUGUCCUACCUGGGCUGUACGUGGGUGAAGGCCCCUCGCAGUGAGCCCGAGGCCCUGAGAGCCAUGACCACGCUGCGGGCAGAGAGUGCCAUCCCAAUUCCCAUCAUCCUCCACGUGCCCAAUGUACCCGAGGGCUGUGUCAGGAUCGUGGACCAGGCAUCGGGCACGGAGAUCGCUUCUUUCCCCAUCUACAAGGUGCUGUUCUGCUCCCGGGGUCGCGAGGGCUCCAUCGAGAGCGACUGCUUCUCCUUCACUGAGAGCUACCGUAGCUCUGAGGAUUUUCAGAUCCACGUCUUCUCCUGCCAUAUCAAGGAAGCUGUGAGCCGGAUCCUGUACAGUUUCUCCACAGCGUUCCGCCGCUCCUCCAAGCCAGCCCCUGACGUGAGGGACUCGGCCCUGCCCCUCUCCCCCGACAGUGACCUCUUCAGCUUCACAGUCUCACUGGAGGUGCGGGAGGACGACAGCAAGGGAAACUAUAGCCCAGUUCCCAAGGACCGGGACAAGUUCUACUUCAAGCUGCGGCAGGGCGUGCAGAAGAAGGUGGUGGUCAUGGUCCAGCAGAUGAGCAACCAAGAGCUGGGCAUUGAGAGGUGUUUUGGGAUGUUGCUGAGCCCAGGGCAGAAGGUUCGGAACAGUGACAUGCAUCUUCUAGACAUGGAGUCCAUGGGGAAGAGCUCGGAUGGAAAGUCGUAUGUGAUCACGGGCACAUGGAACCCCAACAUGGCUGCCUUCCAGGUGCUGAAUGAAGACACACCUAAAGAUAAGCAGGUGUACAUGACCGUCGCGGUGGACCUGGUGGUGACUGAGGUGGUGGAGCCGGUGCGCUUCCUGCUGGAAACCAUGGUGCGCGUCUACCCGGCCAAUGAGCGCUUCUGGUACUUUAGCCGCAAGGCCUUUAGCGAGACCUUCUACCUCAAACUCAAACAGGGUGGUGGGAAGGGUGGCCAGGGUGAUGCCAUGUUGGAGGUGGUGAGCCUGCAGAGGGAGACUGAGAGGAGCAACGGGGGACGAGGCCGCCUGGCCUCUCCGGCUGAGGAAGAGGAGCCUGAGGAAGAUAGUGACAGCGAGAUCUCCAGUGGGACCGGUGAUGUGUCCAAAGACUGCCCUGAGAAGAUUCUGGAGUCCUGGGGUGGAAUCCUCAACAGAUGGCAUGGGAACCUGUCUGUGCGGCCUAAGGGCCUGACGGCGCUGGUGAAGCCUGGGGUCCCUGAGGCCCUCAGGGCUGAGGUCUGGCAGCUCCUCUCAGGCUGCCAAAGUGACCAGGACCUGCUUGAUAAAUACCGCAUCCUCAUCACCAAGGACUCUGCCCAGGACGGUGUGAUCACCAGAGACAUCCACCGGACGUUCCCCGCUCACGACUACUUCAAAGACACUGAUGGUGACGGGCAGGAUUCCCUUUACAAGAUCUGUAAGGCCUAUUCAGUCUACGAUGAGGAGAUUGGCUACUGUCAGGGACAGUCCUUCCUGGCUGCUGUACUUCUACUGCAUAUGCCUGAGGAGCAGGCAUUCUGUGUGCUGGUGAAGAUCAUGUAUGAGUACGGCCUGAGGGAGCUCUACAAGAAGAACUUUGAGGACCUGCACUGCAAGUUCUACCAGCUAGAACGACUGCUUCAGGAGCAGCUCCCAGACCUGUGGUCCCACUUCCAGGAGCUGAGCCUGGAGGCCCACAUGUAUGCGUCUCAGUGGUUCCUCACACUCUUCACCGCCAAGUUCCCCCUCUGCAUGGUCUUCCACAUCACCGACUUGCUACUGUGUGAGGGCCUGAACAUCAUCUUCAACGUGGCGCUGGCUCUUCUCAAGACGUCUAAGGAUGAUUUGCUCCAGGCUGAUUUCGAGGGAGCACUGAAGUUCUUCAGGGUCCAGCUGCCGAAGCGCUACCGGGCUGCGGAGAACGCACGCAGGCUCAUGGAACAGGCCUGUAGCAUCAAGGUGCCCACCAAGAAGCUGAAGAAGUUUGAGAAGGAGUACCAGACCCUGAGAGACAGCCAGCUGCAGCAGGAGGACCCCGUCGACCGCUACCAGAGAGAGAACCGUCGUCUACAGGAGGCCAGCAUGCGUCUGGAGCAGGAGAACGAUGACCUGGCCCACGAGCUGGUCACCAGUAAGAUCGCCCUGCGGACCGACCUGGACCAGGUGGAGGACAAGGCAGACGUGCUGAACAAGGAGCUGCUCUGCACCAAACAGCGCCUGGUGGAGACGGAGGAGGAGAAGAGGAGGCAGGCGGAGGAAACCGCACAGAUCAAAGAGGUGUUCAGGAGAGAGCUGGAGAAAGCUGAGUCGGAGAUCAAGAAGACCACGGUCAUCAUCACUGAAUACAAACAGAUCUGUUCUCAGCUCAGCACCCGGCUGGAGAAGCAGCACGCUGCCACCAAGGAGGAGCUGGACAUCAUCAAGAGUAAGGUGAUGGCGUGUGAGCGCUGCAGGGAGGUGUUCAGUAAAGAAGGUCCUCUGCAGAUACCCCCUCCCAGCAGAGACAACAGGGACAGUGAGCUGGAUGAGGAGAAGGACUCCCUGAAGUCCCAGCUCAGAGAACUGGAGCUAGAGCUGGCCCAGACCAAACUACAGCUAGUGGAGGCCAAGUGCAAGAUGCAGGAGUUGGAGCACCAAAGGGGCAUCCUGAUGAACGAGAUCCAAGCGGCCAAAAACUCCUGGUUCAGCAAGACCCUGGGCUCCCUGAAAAGCUCCGGGGGCAGCGCCUCCCAGUCCCAGCCCCCCUCUUCCCCCAAAGAGGGGCCCCCGUAAUCCCCUAUAGAGACCAACCUGUCUGGGGGGGGGGGGUCGUCUACUACAGUAUAUGCACAGGAGAAAUUAUGAACACUAGCUAAAUAACACCUGAGACAAUGCAGUAUUUCGUUUCCGGGGAGGGGGCGGGAUUGCCACAGAACAAAGUUCGUCCUUUACACAUCUUCCUCUCUCUCAAGCCACUCCACUGGCCCAGCCACCCUCAGUCACUUCUUCAAUUCAGCUUUGGUGAGACUUGACUGUGUCACGUGUCAUCCUUCGUGGUGUGUGAAACCAAGAUGGAGAAUGACUGAUAAAUCUAGUGGGUUGUCAUUUACACUGUAGGCCGGGGCUCGGCUCAGAAUUCUCUUCAGCAAAAUGGGGUAUUUGAAGUGAGAGGAUGCUAUUGGAACUCUGUAGGUCCUUCGCAGCGCCAUAGUGGACAUUCACUACAGCAUCGCCACCUAGUGGUUAUGUAUCGCUACUGCUGAGUAUAGCUUAUCAGCAGGAUAUGUGGCUGACUGAUAUGCUGAGAACAAACCUAAAUGCUUUGGCAGCCUUGACCCCGACUUGCAAGGAUUGCGCAGCAGUUACCGGCAGUAGUUUACCGUCUUCAUUUUAGGAAUAUAUAUUCACUGCUUAAACAAAGGAAACUACUUAUACAAGCAUCUUCUGCAUAACAUAUCUUUACAGCAUUCCAAAAGGGGACACUGCAUUCAGAAUCUAAAAACAAAAUCUUGUUUGUUCUUUAUAGUAAUAUUACAUAAACUAUGUUGUCCUAUAAAUAUGUAUAACUAAUUAUUGAUCAUUUUUAAUCUUGUACAGUUCUAAAACAAAAAAGGAAGAAGUGCUCUGUACAUUAAUUGUUUUGUUUUUUUACUGUUUAGAAUUUGAAUGUCGUCUUUGUAGAUGUUGACAUAACUAAGCACAGUGUGUAAAGGUCUGAGUCAGGUGCAUCUCUGUUCACCCAGAAGUCAAAUCCUAGGUCAACUGCGUGACUAACGUCUGUUGUCCAUGCAUUUUGGAAAUGGAGCGAUCCCGGCAAGAACGAGGUCUCCAUCCUCGCUUAAGGAAACUCUCGGGCCAAAGAGUUUUAUCCGAAAGACCGGAGGUAACCUAACUAAUGUGAUGGCUACAGUACGGUUUAGGAAUGACCCGUCCCAUCUCUUCUUUUGGCAGCAGUAAUCUGACUCUACCUUGCUGCUUUAACAGGACCCAACAGCUACUUUACAAAGCCGGACACUCACCUAACCAGGUCCUGUGAAUUGGGGCAGUAUAUUGUACUACAGACACGGUUUCCUAUUGCAUAUGAAACGUCAUGACGAUCCAAUUAAAUCGCACAAUAGUAUUUCACACCUCUUAUGAUCAUUUUUUAUGAUGAGGUGAACAACAUUCCAAAACGUCUGUCCAAGCCAAGGUCCCCAUGUGGUUAACUAAUAUGUUGGAAACUCUCUCAAUAGCAAAGCCCAUGUGGUUUAGCAUAUGUUGGAAAGACUUUCUCAAUAGCAAUGCCCAUGUGGUUUAGCAUAUGUUGAAAAUACUUUCUCAAUAGCAAUGCCCAUGUGGUUUAGCAUAUGUUGGAAAGACUUUCUCAAUAGCAAUGCCCAUGUGGUUUAGCAUAUGUUGAAAAUACUUUCUCAAUAGCAAAGCCCAUGUGGUUUAGCAUAUGUUGGAAAGACUUUCUCAAUAGCAAUGCCCAUGUGGUUUAGCAUAUGUUGGAAAGACUUUCUCAAUAGCAAUGCCCGGUCGUUACACUCAGUUUCAAGAGCCAUAUAAAUGGCCGUUUUUUGCUGUCUCAUAUCACUGCUCUGUGUAUACCUGUAUGAAUUCACACACUUGUAUGUGUGUCCAGCACCGACUAGUUCCGGUUGAAAUGGUUUGCUUCCUUUUUUUUGACGAAGCAGUGACUUUUUCUUUUUUUCUUAAGCCCAGAUCCAUGUAAACGAAAGAAUCGGAAGAAAGCCGUCUCAAUAUAUUAUACUCUGAAAGGAUCUUCACCUGUGCCAUGAUGACAUACCUGCCCGCCAUUUUAAAAGCAGGAUGCUACUACAGAGGGAUCCGGGUCACGUCCCAUUUGUCUUAACCCGCUUCCUUUCCUCACCUCCAUUCCUUCGUGAACACGGAUCUGAAAAACCUUGACGGUUGAUUGAAUGUAAUAUGAUGCUGUCCAGGCAUUUCACCUAUUAGUGGUUACAAUGGAAAGGUAGAGAGACAUAAGGAAGCCAGUUAAGAGUCAUUUAGGACACGGCCAUGUUUUUCGAUGUGUUACGUGACGGAUUUCAAGGCGCUUUAGCCAGUGUCAUAUUAAGUUUAACGAGGUCCCGGCCUCUGUAUGUUAUGUGCACUAACAUUAAUAUGGUAAACACUAUUUUAAAUGUUAAUUUUGUUAUUCAGAGAACAAAUCUACUUUCUUUUGUUAGAAUUCCUAUUUUUUCUGUUGUUGAGAAGACAGUGGGCAAAUUAUAAUCCAACGACAACGAUGCAAGAAAAAAUAACUUCAGAUUCACAAUAUUGUACAGUAAACUACACUUCAACCGUUGUUCUGCUUUAGUUUCCAACAUGUUGGAGUUGUCCCUCCAUUUUCCUCGUCAUUCCCACGUGAAUCAGUGACAUGCUCGAACUCUAAUGGUAUUUUCUGUACUGUAAUCGUCUGACGUACAUCAAUAAAAUUCCGUUCUCUGUCCACCAA